GCGGGUUCGGGCGCGGGGAUGGCGCUGCGCGCGGAGGACCGGGCGCUGGUGCGCGCCCUGUGGAAGAAGCUGGGCAGCAACGUCGGGGUCUACACGACAGAGGCCCUGGAGAGGACCUUCCUGGCCUUCCCCGCCACGAAGACCUACUUCUCUCACCUGGACCUGAGCCCCGGCUCCGCCCAGGUCAGAGCCCACGGGCAGAAGGUGGCGGACGCGCUGAGCCUCGCGGUGGAGCGCCUGGACGACCUACCCCGCGCGCUGUCCGCGCUGAGCCACCUGCACGCGCGCCAGCUGCGAGUGGACCCCGCCAGCUUCCAGCUCCUCGGCCACUGCCUGCUGGUCACCCUCGCCCGGCAUUACCCCGGAGACUUCAGCCCCGCGCUGCACGCGUCGCUGGACAAGUUCCUGAGCCACGUGAUCUCGGCGCUGGCUUCCGAGUACCAGUGAACUAUGGGAGGUGGCCGCGAGACCCCCAGGCGACCCUCCCCGUGUUUGAGUAAAGCCCCC